UUGAGAGGGUGCUGGAUGGUGGGGGAGUACCACUGAUGAGAGAGCCGAAAAGAAGGGACACAUUUAGCACCAUUAUACUUAUCCACUGGAUACUGUUAAACACCUGGGCAGAUUUUCUUCAUCUACUGUGUGUGGUGGCCAAGUGUGUUCUGCUUCUGGUUUCCAGCAGCAAUGUCACAGAGGAGUGGGCAGGAGGACCCGGAGCGGUACCUCUUUGUGGACCGCGCUGUGGUCUAUAACCCAGCCGCCCAGGCUGACUGGACUGCCAAGAGACUAGUAUGGAUCCCGUCAGAACGCCAUGGCUUCGAAGCUGCCAGCGUUCGCGAGGAGCGUGGAGAUGAGGUGGUGGUGGAGCUGGCAGAGAAUGGAAAGAAGGCGGUGGUCAACAAGGAUGAUAUCCAGAAGAUGAACCCACCAAAAUUCAGCAAAGUAGAGGAUAUGGCAGAACUCACCUGUCUGAAUGAGGCAUCUGUGCUUCACAACCUCAAAGACCGCUACUAUUCUGGCCUCAUCUACACAUACUCUGGUCUCUUCUGUGUGGUCAUAAAUCCCUACAAAAACCUGCCCAUCUACUCAGAGAACAUCAUUGAGAUGUACAGGGGCAAAAAAAGGCAUGAAAUGCCCCCUCACAUCUACGCCAUCUCAGAGUCUGCAUACAGAUGCAUGCUACAAGAUCGAGAGGACCAAUCUAUUCUUUGCACAGGUGAGUCAGGAGCUGGCAAGACUGAAAACACAAAAAAGGUCAUUCAGUACCUGGCACAUGUUGCCUCCUCCCACAAAGGAAGAAAAGACCACAACAUUCCUCCAGAAUCACCUAAACCAGUGAAACUGCAGGCUCAAAAUGCAGUCAGUGGACCCCUGUUUUAUGGUGAAUUGGAACGUCAGCUUUUACAAGCCAACCCCAUCCUUGAAUCUUUUGGGAAUGCUAAGACAGUGAAAAAUGACAACUCGUCACGAUUUGGGAAAUUCAUCCGGAUCAACUUUGAUGUCACCGGAUACAUUGUUGGAGCUAAUAUUGAAACCUACUUAUUGGAGAAAUCCAGAGCUAUUCGUCAAGCCAAAGAUGAGCGCACCUUCCACGUUUUUUACCAGCUGCUGGCUGGAGCUGGAGAGCACCUCAAAUCGGACCUGCUUUUGGAAGGAUUCAACAAUUACCGUUUCAUGUCCAACGGUAACAUCCCAAUCCCGGGACAGCAGGAUAAAGACAACUUCCAUGAGACGAUGGAGGCCAUGCACAUCAUGAGCUUUGCUCAUGACGAGAUUCUAGCCAUGUUGAAGGUCGUGUCCUCGGUGCUUCAGUUUGGUAACAUUGUCUUCAAGAAGGAGAGGAAUACUGACCAAGCUUCUAUGCCUGAUAAUACUGCUGCUCAGAAGCUAUGUCACUUGCUGGGUAUGAAUGUAAUGGAGUUUACCAGAGCUAUCCUGUCACCAAGGAUCAAAGUGGGAAGAGACUAUGUCCAGAAAGCGCAGACUAAAGAACAGGCUGACUUUGCUGUUGAGGCUCUGGCUAAAGCAACAUAUGAGCGUCUGUUCCGCUGGCUGGUCCAUCGUAUUAACAAAGCUCUGGACAGAACCAAACGCCAGGGGGCCUCCUUCAUCGGCAUCCUGGACAUUGCUGGUUUUGAGAUUUUCCAGUUGAACUCGUUUGAGCAGCUGUGUAUCAACUACACCAAUGAGAAGCUGCAGCAGCUCUUCAACCACACCAUGUUCAUCCUGGAGCAGGAGGAGUACCAGAGGGAGGGCAUUGAGUGGAGCUUCAUCGACUUCGGCCUGGACCUGCAGCCUUGCAUCGAUCUUAUUGAGAGGCCGGCAAACCCUCCAGGAGUGUUAGCUCUGCUGGAUGAAGAGUGCUGGUUCCCCAAGGCCACAGACAGGACCUUCAUAGACAAGUUGAUCCAGGAGCAGGGCACACACACCAAGUUCCAGAAGCCCCGUCAGCUCAAAGAUAAGGCCGACUUCUGCAUCAUCCACUACGCCGGCAGGGUGGACUACAAAGCUGAUGAGUGGUUAAUGAAGAACAUGGACCCUCUAAACGACAAUGUGGCCACUCUUCUGCAUCAGUCAACUGACAAAUUUGUAGCUGAACUUUGGAAAGAUGAGAUUCAGACCAUUCAAAGGGCUUCAUUCUAUGACAAUGUCACUAGUCUGGAUGAGCCAGCAGUUGACCGUAUCGUAGGCCUGGACCAAGUGGCAGGAAUGAACGAGACAGCCUUUGGUGCUACCUACAAAACGAAAAAGGGCAUGUUUCGCACAGUGGGACAGCUCUACAAGGAGUCGCUCACGAAACUCAUGGCCACACUGAGGAACACCAACCCCAACUUUGUCCGCUGCAUUAUCCCCAACCACGAAAAAAGAGCUGGUAAAUUAGAGCCUCACCUGGUUCUGGACCAGCUGAGGUGUAAUGGAGUCCUGGAGGGGAUUCGCAUCUGCAGACAGGGUUUCCCCAACCGCAUCGUCUUCCAGGAGUUCAGACAGAGAUAUGAGAUUUUGACACCUAACGCGAUCCCCAAGGGAUUUAUGGAUGGGAAACAAGCCUGUGAAAGAAUGAUCCGAGCCCUGGAGCUGGACCCCAACUUGUUCCGUAUUGGUCAGAGUAAGAUCUUCUUCAGAACAGGUGUUCUGGCUCACCUGGAGGAGGAGAGAGACCUGAAGAUCACUGACAUCAUCAUCUACUUCCAGUCUGUGUGCCGUGGAUACUUGGCACGCAAGGCCUUUACUAAAAAGCAGCAGCAGCUGAGUGCGCUGAAGGUCCUCCAGAGGAACUGUGCUGCUUACUUGAAGUUGCGACACUGGCAGUGGUGGAGGCUUUUCACCAAGGUGAAGCCUCUGCUGCAGGUCACCAGGCAGGAAGAGGAGCUGCAAGCCAAAGAUGAGGAGCUGAUAAAGGUGAAGGAGAGACAGCUUAAGGUGGAGAAUGAACUAGUGGAGAUGGAGAGGAAACACCAACAGCUCAUAGAGGAGAAGAAUAUUCUAGCAGAGCAACUCCACGCAGAGACGGAGCUGUUUGCCGACGCCGAGGAGAUGAGAGUUCGUCUGCUUUCUAGGAAGCAAGAGUUAGAGGAGAUCCUUCAUGACCUGGAGUCUAGGGUGGAGGAAGAGGAGGAAAGAAACCAAAGCCUGCAGAAUGAGAAGAAGAAGAUGCAGUCACACAUCCAGGACCUGGAGGAGCAGCUCGAUGAGGAGGAAGCUGCAAGACAGAAGCUGCAGCUGGAUAAAGUGACAGCUGAGGCAAAGAUCAAGAAGAUGGAGGAGGACAUUCUGCUGCUGGAGGACCAAAACUCCAAGUUCCUCAAGGAGAAGAAGCUGCUGGAGGACAGGAUCGGUGAGAUGACCUCCCAGCUGACCGAGGAGGAGGAAAAGGCGAAGAACCUCAGCAAGGUCAAGAACAAGCAGGAGAUGAUGAUGGCUGACCUGGAGGAGCGUUUAAAAAAGGAGGAGAAAACGCGCCAGGAGCUGGAGAAGGCCAAACGCAAACUGGAUGCUGAGACGACUGACCUGCAGGACCAGAUCGUUGAGCUGCAGGUCCAGAUAGAGGAGCUGAAGAUCCAACUGACCAAGAAGGAAGAGGAACUGCAGGCUGUUCUGGCCAGGAGUGACGAGGAGGUCGUCCAGAAGAACAACGCCUUGAAGCAGGUUCGGGAGCUGCAGGCACAGCUAGUUGAACUUCAGGAGGAUCUGGAGUCAGAGAAGAUAUGUCGAAGCAAAGCAGAAAAACUCAAGAGGGACCUGAGUGAGGAGCUUGAGGCUCUGAAGACGGAGCUGGAAGACACGCUGGACACCACCGCCGCCCAGCAGGAGCUCAGGACCAAGCGAGAGCAAGAGGUGGCAGAGCUGAAGAAGGCCAUAGAUGAGGAGACCAAAAACCACGAGGCUCAGAUCCAGGAAAUGAGACAGAGGCACGCCACAGCACUGGAGGAACUCUCAGAGCAGCUGGACCAAGCCAAAAGGUUCAAGGCCAACCUGGAGAAGAACAAGCAGAGUCUAGAGAGUGACAACAGAGAGUUGGCCUGUGAGGUGAAGAGUCUGCAGCAAGCAAAGACGGAUUCAGAACACAAGAGGAAAAAACUGGAAACCCAGCUGCAGGAGUUUAUGGCCAGGGGCACCGAGGUAGAGAGGGCCAAGGGAGAGCUGGCUGAACGUUCACACAAACUCCAGACGGAGCUGGACAAUGUAUCCACUCUGCUGGAGGAGGCGGAAAAGAAGGGCGUCAAACUGGCCAAGGAAGUUGACAACCUCAACGGCAAACUGCAAGACUCAGAGGAGUUGCGGCAGGAGGAGACACGUCAGAAGCUGAACCUGAGCGGCCAAAUCCGCCAGCUGGAGGUGGACAAGAACACCUUGAUGGAGCAGCAGGAGGAGGAAGAGGAGGCACGACGCAACCUGGAGAAACAGCUGCAGUCAGUGCAAACUCAGCUGUAUGACACAAAGAAAAAGCUGGAGGAUGAUGUGGGAGCGAUGGAGGGCCUGGAGGAGGUGAAGAAGAAACUCCAGAAGGACAUGGAGCUGACCAGCCAGCGUCUGGAGGAGAAGACCAUGGCCAUGGACAAGAUGGAGAAGACCAAGAACCGACUGCAGCAGGAGCUGGACGACCUGAUGGUGGACCUGGACCACCAGAGACAGAUCGUCUCCAACUUGGAGAAGAAGCAGAAGAAGUUUGACCAGAUGCUGGCCGAGGAGAAGACCAUCUCAGCUCGUUAUGCUGAGGAGCGUGACCGUGCGGAGGCUGAGGCCAGAGAGAAGGAAACCAAGGCUCUGUCUAUGGCCAGAGCUCUGGAGGAGGCCUUGGAGGCUAAAGAGGAACUGGAGCGGUUUAAUAAGCAGCUCCGUGCUGAAAUGGAGGACCUGAUGAGCUCCAAGGAUGAUGUAGGGAAGAAUGUCCAUGAACUGGAGAAAUCCAAGCGUAUGCUGGAGCAACAGGUGGAGGAGAUGAGAACACAGCUGGAAGAGCUGGAGGACGAGCUGCAGGCCACAGAAGAUGCCAAACUGCGUCUUGAGGUCAACAUGCAGGCCAUGAAGGCCCAGUUUGACCGAGACUUGCAAGCCAGAGACGAACAGGGAGAGGAGAAGAAGAGGGCGCUGGUAAAACAGGUGCGUGAGAUGGAAGCAGAAUUGGAGGAUGAGAGGAAACAGAGAACUCUGUCUGUCGCUGCCAAGAAGAAGCUGGAGAUGGACCUGAACGAGCUGGAGGGACAGAUCGAAGCUGCCAACAAAGGCAGGGACGAGGCAAUCAAACAGCUCCGAAAACUACAGGCUCAGAUGAAGGACUAUCAGAGGGAGCUGGAGGAUGCCAGAGCCUCCAGGGAUGAGAUCUUCACCCAGUCCAAGGAGAACGAGAAGAAACUCAAGAGCCUAGAAGCUGAAAUCUUACAGCUACAGGAGGACCAUGCCGCAUCAGAGAGAGCCCGUCGACAUGCUGAGCAGGAGAGGGAUGAGCUUGCUGAUGAGAUCUCCAACAGCGUCUCUGGAAAGUCGUCACUGCUGGAGGAGAAGAGGAGGCUGGAGGCUCGUAUUGCCCAGUUGGAGGAGGAGCUGGAGGAGGAGCAGGGUAACAUGGAGAUGCUCAACGACCGCUUCAGAAAGACCACCCUGCAGGUCGAAAGCCUGAACACAGAGUUGUCUGGAGAGCGUAGCGCUGCACAGAAGAGUGAGAAUGCUCGACAACAGAUGGAACGACAGAAUAAGGAUUUGAAAGCUAAGCUUGCAGAGCUGGAAGGGGCUGUCAAGUCAAAGUUUAAGGCAUCCAUCGCUGCCCAGGAAGCCAAGAUCCUGCAGCUGGAGGAGCAGCUGGAGCAGGAGGUCAAGGAGAGAGCAGCAGCUAACAAAAUCGUCCGUCGCACAGAGAAGAAGUUAAAGGAGGUGAUGAUGCAGGUGGAGGAUGAGCGUCGCCAUGCCGACCAGUACAAGGAGCAGAUGGAGAAAGCCAACUCUCGUAUGAAGCAGCUGAAGCGUCAGUUGGAGGAGGCGGAGGAGGAAGCCACCAGGGCCAACGCCUCCCGCAGGAAGCUGCAGAGGGAGCUGGAUGACGCCACCGAGGCCAGUGAGGGUCUCACCCGGGAGGUCAACUCCCUCAAGAACCGCCUCAGGAGUGGGGGUCCAGUCAGCAGCUUCUCCUCCAGCCGCUCAGGCCGCCGUAACCUCAACCUAGACGGUGCCUCUGUCGACCUGUCAGACGACGACGCCGACAGCCGCGCCGGCGACUUCAAUGAGACACAAACCCCCAACGUGGAGUAAUUACAGCUACACUUCGUCCUCGCUUUUCCCCUCUCCUCACCUCGCCACUCCCCACCUCCCCUUCAACUCUUCCACCUAUGACCUGGGCCCAGUUUUCCCCAAGUGAUUCCACGGCGUCAGCAUGGUCUUCAUUAAUUUCAAACCACUGACUGGACAGACGGUUGGAGCGAUGAGCUGUUUUAUGGUAAAGCUGGGCAGAGUGCCCUGGCAACGCGCCUCUGCUCUUUUUGUAUCAGAUACCACUGCAGGGAAAAUCCACCGCCCUCCCCUGAAGAAAAGCCUCCAGACCUGGAGAGUCACAGGGGCAAACGGACAAUUCUGCCUUACUCUCUUCUCCUCUGGCAAGCUGCUAGCCAUGGCUCAUCUGUCGGCCAUGUAUCAUCUCAGCAUCAUAACGUAACAACAACCCCUCCCCCCUCCCAUCAGACGCGAAGUUAUCUGCUCAGCUUAUUGAGAAAGUAUGCAUAGGUACAAAGUGCUUUUUAUACAUAUGAAUCUGUGUGUGUGCGUGAUGUAGGCAGAGGCUGUGAGGUGUGCACACAUCGAAUAUGUAACGUGUAAACGCACUCCAUACUGGAAAAUGCAGGACUACAGGAAAAUGUAUUUCACUCUGGUGUUGUUGUUGGUGUUCUGCUCACUAGUUGUGUAAAAGCCAUCUGAUGCGCGACACACUCCCUCCUUCCAGUGUUCAAAUUGACGGUCCAUUCAGAGGAAAUACACAAAACCAUGGUCACGCUGGCCUUUGGAAUGCCGCGCCUGCUGCUUUUGUUGCAUGAGUCUCCCUCUGAUGUACAGACUACAACUCUACAGGAACGACUAACAUCUCGGGACAUGCAAUACAACAAAAUGGACUCUGAAUUGAAAAUGUAUUACUGUGAAAAAAAAAAGGUAUUUUAUUUUCUCUGUUGCUUCAUCUCAACAUUUAGAAUGUCUAGCUGAGGUUUUAACUGGGAAUCUCAUAGCUCAUAAGGUUAACUGUUUUGUACUGUUGACCACUGGGAACACUAUUUGGUUUGUAAGUAUAUUGUCCUCCAGUGUGGACCGACUUGAGCUGCGAAUGAUGCAGAGAUGCUGGAAAAUGCACAGAACUGCACAGGAAGAUGUUUGAAUUUUUAACUGGAAACCAACAGGAGACAAAAGCUCUUACUGGAAGCACUAAAGUGGCGCUCAGUCCACGUUUUCAAUGUGACACUACUAAAUGGUUACAGCUUAGGUUAAACAUGUAGUUUGAUUAGAAAUGGAGACUUCAUCUUAGUGUUUGUUUGUGCCUAGUCCCAGUUUGUGUUAUUACAUUUGAGUCACAGAGCUAAGUAUCAGUUUUUCUGAAUAAUUAAUACCUGCCGAUCUUUUGAAACUUCAAAGAUCGUUAACACUUAAUACUGUUUUGAGUGUUUUUUUUCUAAAUCCUCAGAUCCUCUAAACAUUUUGAUGAAAAAUUAUUCCGCCUGUUGCAUGAUAAAAUUUUUACCUUUUAAGUCAGCAUGGACAAGUUGUCCUUUAGCAACCAGAAAAACUAUAAAAUGUCAAUAUCUGUAAUUCUAUGACAACGGUUUGUAACUGUUUUCCCAAGUGGCGACUAUUUCCUAAUUCAAACAAAGAUGGUAGCUGGAAAUCACAUUUGUCUUCGCUGAGUUUGUGCGUCAUGAAACAAAAUUAAAAGUAAAGUUAAGUUACAUUUGUCUGUAUUAAUGUCAAAUUUGCUAUGCUAUUUGUUUUUUUUUGAAAAUAUAAAAAAAGUUAUAACUUUCUUGUAAUGUACAAGACGAGCUUGGACGUAUGUCAUUUCUGGGUACCUGCAUAGGAAAUUGGGAAACAGGUUAAAAAAGUGUUGACUGAAGAAUCUCAUGGCCCAUUAGCACUGUAGCUGUAGCUGACUUUUAUUGUGCAACAGACAACAGAAAGAGUUUAUGUGGGUCAAAGAUACCCAGACGUUUACUAUUAAGAAACUUGUAGCUCUGUGACACAUUUGUAAUGGUGAAACAUAAUGAUGAACAAACUAGGGCUGGUUUGUGCCAUGAUUUUGUGAGUUGAAGCCUGACUCUUCACACUACCGACAGACCAGUGACAGGUUGUCUGAAAACAAACUUUUUAAUUCUUUCCUUGGAAUUUUAGCCCAAGUACCUUUAAUAGCAUCUUUUCGCGAGGUGAAGACGGGCUCAGCUUGAAAUACAGCAGCAAACUCAACAGUUGAACCACUACAGUGUGAAAAAACAUGUCAGGAUACUCAUAUCCAUCUACCAACUUCAUUUAGUCUUUAUUUUGGAUAUGCUGAUUAGGAUGGUUGUCUAUGGCAGACCACUUUGCCCUUCUCCUCAAAUGUUAACACUUAACAGUAUGUUUCUUUAAAAGUGCCUUAGACACUAAAUAAGAACAUAAGUGGGCAAAGAUUUCAUUACAGAUGUGAAACAAAACCCUCAUAAGAUCAAACAGGUACAUCAAGAAGAUAUUCAGCGCUUAAUCUUCUCUUUCUUUUGUAUCGUUGCUGUGCUUCAUAUCAUAUCCACUGUGUACCUCUAUGUUCAUAAUAACCUCAUAGCUAGAGUGUUUGGGUCAAAAUCAGUAUUAUAGUUUUAUUAUUAACUACAUGAGAAGCAGAGCCCUCAGCAGCUGCAUGUCCCAAAAUUAUUUUUGAACUAAGAUUUUUUCCCCUGUAACCACUCACAGGUGAGUACUCAAGUUAUUUUGGGAAAUGAUGCUCUGCACAGUAUUUCAUUUGGUUGGAAGCUUUAACAUCCAUAAGUAGUUAACUCAUUUUUUUUCUUCUAUUAUUAUCCAGCUGGCUGUUGACAACCAGGCAUUCAACUGCAAAUACUCCCAUCUUAUUAUUUCUUGUAUACCUGUAUUUCUAGAUGGUAAUUUUUUUUUCUGUUUUGUUUUUGUAAAAGGAAAAUAAAGCAUAUUCAUUGUA